GGCGGUUACACCCAGAAAUCACAAUAGCUUCUCUCUUCACAGAACAUUAACUGAUUUCCUAUUUCUGCACCAAUCAAGUUAUGGAUCAUCUAGAAGAAACAAUGGAAGAUUAUGAGUACUAUUCCUAUUACCCGGAAUAUUCCUCUCCAGAGCCUUACUUGGAGGAGAAAGUCUACCUGGGUGCUGUUCAUUGGGUCUCCCUGGUGUUGUGCGGCUUAGCAUUUGUUCUGGGAAUUCCAGGAAAUGCCAUGGUCAUUUGGCUCACAGGAUUCAAGUGGAAGAAGACAGUCACCACUCUCUGGUUCCUUAAUCUGGCAGUUGCAGAUUUCAUAUUUGUUCUCUUCCUGCCUCUGUACAUUUCCUACGUAGCCAUGAAUUUCCAUUGGCCCUUUGGCAUUUGGUUAUGCAAGGCCAAUUCUUUCAUUGCCCAGUUGAACAUGCUUUCUAGUGUUUUUUUCCUGACAGCCAUCAACCUGGACCGCUACAUUCAUUUAAUCCAUCCUGCUUUAUCUCAACGGUACCGAACUCUGAAGAAUUGCCUGGUUGUUAUUAUAUUCAUCUGGCUUUUAGCCUCUCUAAUUAGUGGUCCUGCCCUAUAUUUCCGGGACACGGUGGAGUUCAAUAAUGGCACUCUUUGCUAUAAUAAAUUCCACGAACAUGACACUGAUCUGACCUUGAUGAGACACCAUGUUUUUACCUGGGUGAAAUUUAUUGUUGGCUACCUCUUCCCUUUGCUAGCAAUGAGCAUUUGUUACCUGUGUCUCAUCUGCAAAGUGAAGAAGCGAAGCAUCUUAAUCUCCAGUAUACAUUUCUGGACAAUCCUAGCUGUGGUCAUGGCCUUCUUGAUUUGCUGGACUCCUUACCACCUUUUUAACAUUUUGGAGCUCACCAUUCACCACAAUAGCUAUUUCCACCCAGUGCUGCAGGCUGGAAUCCCCCUCUCCACUGGUCUAGCAUUCCUCCACAGUUGCUUGAACCCCAUCCUUUAUGUCCUAAUUAGUAAAAAGUUCCAAGCCCGCUUCAGGGCCUCUGUUGCUGAGAUGCUAAAGCAUACGCUGUGGGAAGUCAGCUGUUCUGGCACAGUCAGUGAACAGCUCAGGAACUCUGAAAUCAAGAAUCUGCCUCUCCUGGAAACAACCCAUUAACAUCACUUUUCAAAAAAAAAAUCAAUGUAAUGUUUUCAUGUGGGUCUCUUGGCAGAUGCUUCCAGAUUAAAUUUAGUUCCAAGAUUUAGAACUGAC